UCAAAGAGAAGCGUCCAUAUUCCAAGUGGCGAACAUGUCUCGUGUGGCGAAGAAACGAAAAUUCGAUAAAACCCGUCAGGACAGCCUCUACUUUGAUAGCUAUUCCGAUGUGACUAUACACGAAGAAAUGAUAGCGGACCAUGUACGAACCAACACGUACAGAUUGGCCAUUCUGAAGAACAGCGAAUGGAUUCGAGGGAAGGUCGUGCUGGACGUCGGGGCAGGAACCGGCGUUUUGAGCAUGUUCUGCGUCCAAGCCGGUGCAAAGAAAGUUUACGCCGUCGAAGCGUGUUCCAUUGCCGAACAAGCUGUGAAAAUAGUCCAACAGAACCACAUGGAAGACAAAAUCGAAGUCAUACGAGGGACUGUUGAGACCGUGGAGCUCCCGGAGAUGGUGGAGGUGAUAGUGAGCGAGUGGAUGGGUUAUGCGCUCCUACACGAGUCCAUGCUGAACUCGGUCCUGUACGCCCGCGACAAGUGGUUGCAAAAGCCUGCCGGGAUGAUUCUGCCCAACAAAGCCGAACUCUUCAUCACGCCCAUCCGCGAGCCGGUGGCGGAGGACCGCUUACACUUCUGGCACACCGUCAAAGACAAGUACGGCGUCGACAUGUCAUGCAUGAGCGAUUUUGCCAGGAAAUGUAUCAAGAACUCGGACAUUUCUGUCAGCCCCGUGACCGCCGAGGACGUGCUGUCUCACCCGGUCCGCUUCGCCGAGCUGGACCUGUACACCACCACAGUGGAGCAGCUGCGCUCGGUCAAGGGCCACUUCAGGUGCGAGUCUUUCGGCUCGGCUGCAGUCAACGCCUUUUGUGUCUACUUCACGGUCUCGUUCCCUUGUCCGGACAAACCGCAAGCCCUCAUUCUCUCCACGUCCCCGUUCAAACCCGAGACCCACUGGAAACAGGCGGUUUUGUACUUGGAUGAGCCCGUGGAAGUGGUGCAAGACACACUGCUGACUGGGGAGGUCAACAUGUACCCCUCGGAAGAAAGUGACAGACAUGUAUGCAUUCACCUGGAGUACACGAUUGGAAAACAAAAAACACAGUCCAAGACUUUUUCUAUCCCUGACUGGACCUCCGAAACACUAUCCUAGCCACCAUGUUCUAUUUGAUUCAGGCAUCAAGGAUGUUUUACUUAAUUCGGGACUAGUUUAUGAAAAGAUAUUUGAGCAUUUGUUCGAUAUCCUUGAUGUCCACCUACUAGUAUGCUCUUUCUCCUCAUUAGUAGGAUGACUACAUGUUACUAGUUUGUGUGCUGCUAGUAAAACAAUUCACCACGCUAGUAGAACAACUCUUCUUACUAGGAAGGGCUUUAUGGAAAGUUGUUUGAGUAUUUAUUCAAUUUGAUGUUGAAGAUCCAUUUACUAGUAAGCUUCUUGUCCUGAGUAGUAGGACAACUUUAGUGUACUAGUAGGACACCUACGUUAUUACCAUGGCAAACGACUUGAGAACUGAUUGCUGCUAGUACAGCUAAUGAGAGAAAAAUCUUCAGUCUUGUUAGUUGUCAACAUUGGGUGUAAAAUUCAAAGAGUUUUCAAAUCCAAUCAGUCUAUUGACUCGUUGCAUCAUGAUUCUAACCUUUUACAGUUAAGUGCUAUUUAAUAGAAAGAAAGACCUCCACUGGGCAACAUCUCCUAAGUGUAAAUGGAAACUUUACUUGUAGUUUCCAAUGUUUUAGGAGUGCCUCAGAAUACUCAACCGUCAAAAUUUGUUUUCAUGUUUUUGUUAUAUUAGAGUUUUGGUUUGUGAUAUUUCAGUGCAUCACAAAUAAAUCAUGUACACAUUUGAGAAAUGAAUGAAUGAGUAGAUAUUGAAUAAUUAAA